ACUGACAGACGUUAUAAUUCAGAUAACUGUGACCACUGACUUACUUACUGGUUACUCAAAAUUAAUAUUGCGUUUUGUUGUUUGGUAAAUUUUGUUAACUUAACAAACUGAUGUAUUAACCCUACGCUUGCUUAAUUUACUUUAAAAUAAGAAAAGGUUUUAUACAUACUGUUUCCUAAAAAAAAAUGCUGGAAGUAACAUGUAACGAUCGAUUAGGAAAGAAAGUUCGUGUGAAAUGUAAUCCUGAUGAUACUGUUGGAGACCUUAAAAAGUUAAUAGCAGCACAAACAGGAACCAGGUACGAUAAAAUUGUCCUGAAGAAAUGGUACACUGUGUUCAAAGACCAUAUCAGACUCUCAGAUUAUGAAAUUCAUGAUGGAAUGAAUUUGGAGCUGUAUUAUCAAUAAGAAACCAAAAAAUUCAAUAACAUUUCAAGAAGUGUCAUAACAGCUUUGAUAUUGAUAGUCAACUUGGAGAUGUACAUGAUCAACAAAUUAACAACAAUAUCAAUAAUGUGGACAAUCUGUCUAAUGAGAAUUUCACAAAGAUAUUAAAAAGCAAAAUUAUAAUUUUU